AUGCACCUCGAGUGGACUUUCGACUCUGUCCGACUGAUGAAGAAGGACUGGAAGCCAACCCGCCUUCUCAAAGUGUCCGAAGAUCCUGACAGUAUCCGACUUUGUGAGAAAGAUGAAAUUCCCCACGGAACCGUCUAUACGACACUCAGCCACUGCUGGGGAGCUGUCGUCUUGGGCACUCUGCUUACGACAAACAUUGAGUCGUUGAAGAAAAGCAUCCCUCUCAGCUCCCUCGUCAAGACAUUCCAGAAUGCUGUCGAAGUCACAAGGCAACUGAAAGUUGGCUAUAUUUGGAUAGACUGCUUGUGCAUCAUCCAAGAUUCCCGCGACGACUGGAAGUUUGAGUCAAUGAGAAUGGAAGCUGUGUAUGGACACUCAUAUUGCAAUAUAGCAGCUACAGCAUCAGCUGACGGAAGAGGUGGAUUGUUUCGAGAACGUGAUCCGAAGAUGAUCGAGCCGUGUACAGUCAAUAUGAGCACGAGCGUGAAAGGACAGAAGACAGAUUAUCGCAUUUCAGAUUUCUCAAUCUGGUGGAAACACUUCGAAGCAUCUCCACUUAAUGUUCGCGCUUGGGUCAUGCAGGAAAGGCUACUGUCUCCGCGUGUACUUCAAUUUGACCGAGAUCAAUUGCUCUGGGAAUGCAAUGAACUUACAGCAUGCGAGAGACAUCCAGGUGGAAUGGAUAGUCUCAUGCCCAAAGACUCUAUUGUGCGGCGUUUUCGACUUCCACCGAAAAAGGUUAAAGGUGCGCGGGGUGUCCUCGACCUCUGGGCUCCUGUCUUGAGGAUCUACUCGGCGACGCGCAUCACGAAGGAUACUGACAGAUUGGUUGCUUUGUAUGGUGUUGCCAUGAAAGUUCAACGGCUGCUUAAUUGCGAUUACCAAGCCGGACUUUAG